UUGCGUUCACUGACCGGUGUUGCGUUCACUGACGACGACGCGCUUCCGCUUCCGCGCCGCCGCCUCGCGCUGUCCGUGCGUCACCCUGUCACUCGAGGCAGUGAUGGCGGAGGCGGACGAGACCGACGUGAUGAUGAAUUACCACGGUGACUUCUUAAAAGGCGACAGAAAGAACGGCCGCUACCCUUACUGCGUUGUCUGGACGCCUAUUCCUAUUUUAUCGUGGGUGCUCCCCUUCAUUGGUCACAUGGGUAUAUGCACCUCUUCUGGGAUCAUACGAGAUUUUGCAGGCUCAUACUUUGUCUCGGAGGACAACAUGGGCUUUGGUAGACCAACAAAGUAUUGGAAGCUUGAUGUGGACAAAGUGUGUGGCAGUGGUGCUGCUACAUGGGACAAAGCGGUGCACGAUGCAUCUGAGGAAUACAAAUGUAGACCGCACAAUUUGUGCUUAGAUAACUGCCAUUCCCACGUGGCCAUGGCCCUCAACCUAAUGCGCUACGACAAUAGCACGUCUUGGAACAUGGUGAACCUGUGUGGGCUGUCUCUUAUUCACGGAAAACAUGUGAGCUGGGCAGCGUUCCUGAAGACCUGGCUCCCCUUCUUCAUGCUCUGCGGAGUCCUCGGCACGUUCAUCCUAACAUUCAACCUACAUUAGUGCAGCGAGCAGUUCAACGGGCUGACUCAUAGACUUUGGUUAUACUUUGUACAUUGUCGUUGGCUGUUGAAUGAUGUGUUUUGACGGGACAUUUGUUUGUACAAGAAAAAAUUCCAAAUGAAAGACUCCAUUGCCUGUUAGUCUCUCUGAAGGUAUUUCAAGGCAAAGCCCAGCUGUUUGUGGGCAGCUUUGAAAUCAAUAAUUAAUGUUUCAACACAUUGGUUUUGUUUAUUUUUUUCUCUACUAAUUAUUUACGAUUAAGUGAGGCACAUAAGCUACAGUAUCUCUCAAAACUGACCAGAACUGUUCUUCACAUGGUGGGUCGUUAAGAGCAUUAUGAAGGAAGAUGAUCCUUUCCAGAUUACACCACAGUAGAGCACUACCGUCGAGUCCAGAGAUGCAUUGUUCAAGAGUGGCAGUGAUGAAUGUGUUUCCAGACGGGCUAAUGUACAUUUCUGUGAUGGAUCACUACAAAAUGGAUCGCAAAGUCUUAACCGAGGCGAAAGUAUUCAUCAAUUAUUUGUCUAAGAGAUAUGAGCCCCUACCAAAGAUAGAAUGAUGUAGGACCCACGUGAUAAAUAGUGGUACUGUGCUGUAAAAAAGCCUUCCUCCUUCCCUACAAUCCUCUUUCCUCUGGUGUAUAAAGACAAAUUACGUGUUUACUUUAA